UUCUCCCAGUGAGUCGCGCACGUUGAGCCGGCUUCGCUGCUGCUUCGCGGAGGCUGCCUUGUGAUCAUGUCUUCCAAGAAGAGUAGAAAACGACCGAACCGGAGCGCAGAGAAUGCCCCUUUCUUGCCUUCCUCUGCUCCCUCUCCUGUAGGGACCGCGGCUCCUUCUGCUGGGCCAGGCAUCGCGGCGGCGGCCGGGACUCUGGCGGUGAUCAACUUCUUAGGAAAGGAUGACAAAGUACCUAAAGCAUUCCAGAAUUCCCUUGUUCAACUUGGACUAGGCACUAUGAAAUCUGCAAAUAUAUGUAUUGGUCGACCAGUGUUGCUUACUAGUCUGGGUGGAAAGCAGGAGGUCUAUACAGCCUGGCCUGUGGCAGGAUUUCCUGGAGGCAAGGUUGGCCUGAGUGAAAUGGCUCAGAAGAACGUGGGUGUGAGGGUUGGCGAUGCCAUCCAUGUCCAGCCUCUCGUGGGUGCCAUGCUGCAGGCUGAGGAAAUGGACUUGGCACUGAGUGACAAAAAUGUUGAUAUUAAUGAAGAACAACUGACUGCUUGUCUUCUGAGAAAACUGGAUGGCAAGAUUGUUUUACCAGGCAACUUUCUGUAUUGUACAUUCUAUGGACGACUAUGCAAGAUGCAAGUGUUGCGAGUGAAAGGGGCCGACGGCAUGAUACUGAGAAGGCCUCAGGGUGAUGCUGACGCAGAUGCACAGGGCAUGGCCCCUGAACAGUCCAGCAUAGAAACCAGUACUCUGGGUAUAUCCUCUCAGUUAAGCCAGUUAGAUCUGGAAGAACCCCGGGAUCCAACAGCAAGUAGUACUCCUUGCAGAGCAGUAGGUGACAGAAGCAUCAGUAACACUGGUGACAUGUUGGAUAGUACCCAGAGCCCUGAGGAUGGCAGUGGACUUGGACUGCAUCAAGUCACAGGACUUAAAUGUAGUUUUGAGUUGACCAGAGGAGGAAAUGAGCAACUCCUCAGUGAAAAGAGAUUGCUAAAGUCGGCCUGUGUGGGAGCAAAGUGCAACACCGAUACUUUUUAUUAUAUUUCUUCAACAACGAGAGUCAAUUUUAGAAAGAAUCGUACAAAUUCAAAAGAGCAAGAUAGUCAGCUUAAAGUAACUUAUGACAUGAUUGGAGGCUUAAGUAGUCAGCUGAAAGCCAUUAGAGAAAUAAUUGAAUUACCUCUCAAACAGCCUGAACUUUUCAAGAGUUACGGAAUUCCUCCCCCUCGGGGAGUUUUACUUUAUGGCCCUCCAGGUACUGGAAAGACAAUGAUUGCCAGGGCUAUUGCUAAUGAAGUUGGAGCCUAUGUUUCUGUAAUUAAUGGUCCUGAAAUUAUAAGCAAAUUCUAUGGGGAAACAGAAGCAAGGUUACGUCAGAUAUUUGCUGAAGCCACUCUGCGGCACCCAUCAGUUAUUUUUAUUGAUGAGCUGGAUGCACUUUGCCCUAAAAGAGAAGGGGCUCAGAAUGAAGUAGAAAAAAGAGUUGUAGCUUCACUGUUAACACUGAUGGAUGGUAUUGGUUCAGAAGGAAGUGAAGGACAGUUAUUGGUCCUUGGGGCCACAAAUCGCCCCCAUGCUUUGGAUGCUGCACUACGAAGACCUGGACGAUUUGAUAAGGAGAUUGAGAUUGGAGUUCCUAAUGCUCAGGACAGACUAGAUAUCCUCCAGAAACUGCUUCAGAGGGUGCCGCAUUUGCUUGCUGAAGCUGAACUGCUACAGCUGGCAGAGAGUGCUCAUGGAUAUGUUGGAGCAGACUUGAAAGCCUUGUGUAAUGAAGCAGGUCUCUGUGCUUUGAGGAGAGUUCUGAAGAAACAGCCUAACCUUCCUGACAGUAAGGUGGCUAGGUUGGUGAAGAUUACUCUGAAUGAUUUCUUGCAGGGGAUGAAUGACAUCAGGCCCAGUGCUAUGAGGGAGGUAGCAAUUGAUGUCCCAAACGUAUCCUGGUCAGAUAUAGGAGGACUGGAAAAUAUCAAACAGAAAUUGAGACAGGCUGUGGAAUGGCCCUUGAAACAUCCAGAGUCUUUUGUCCGAAUGGGUAUUCAACCACCUAAAGGAGUUCUUCUGUACGGGCCACCUGGAUGCUCAAAAACAAUGAUUGCAAAAGCUUUGGCCAAUGAGAGUGGGCUGAAUUUCCUAGCUAUAAAGGGGCCUGAAUUAAUGAAUAAAUAUGUUGGUGAAUCUGAAAGAGCAGUUAGAGAGAUCUUCCGAAAAGCAAGAACAGUGGCUCCUUCCAUUAUUUUCUUUGAUGAACUUGAUGCCUUAGCAGUUGAAAGGGGCAGUUCUUCAGGUGCUGGGAAUGUAGCCGACCGUGUUUUGGCACAGCUCUUAACGGAAAUGGAUGGCAUUGAACAGUUAAAGGAUGUGACAAUUUUGGCAGCUACUAACCGCCCAGAUAGGAUAGACAAGGCUUUGAUGCGGCCUGGAAGAAUUGAUAGAAUCAUCUAUGUGCCUUUACCAGAUGCAGCAACAAGAAGGGAGAUAUUUAAAUUGCAGUUUCACUCUAUGCCAAUCAGUAAUGACAUUAAUUUGGACGAACUCAUCCUGCAAACAGAUACAUAUUCAGGAGCAGAGAUUACAGCUGUUUGUAAAGAGGCAGCCCUUUUGGCUCUGGAAGAGGACAUUCAAGCCAAAUGCAUUAUGAGAAAACAUUUUACUCAAGCCUUAAGCACUGUGACACCCAGAAUUCCUGAAUCGUUGAGAUGUUUCUAUGAAGAUUAUCAGGAGAAGAGUGGACUGCAUACACUCUGAGAAGAUAUGUAUUCAUUAUGCUAAAAUAGCUUUCUAGCAAAGACUUCUUGUUUUUUGUUUUUUGUUUUGUCUUGAGAGUAUAAAAAAAUUAAUAAGCAAAAUACCUGAAAUACGUUGAUGGGAAUUGUGGGGCUUCAGUGCUUCUAGGCAUUUAAAAUCAUAUGAAUACAGGAAAAUAUCCAUGAAAAUCUCUAGACAGGAGUUUAAAUCAGUUUAUCUGGAAAUGUGUGUUGUUUUAAAAAGCAAACGUUUUGCUUUUUGUUUUUGACCUGGAUCAUUCAUCCCAUGAAAUGCUUUUCUCAACACAGAAUCCAUCUCAGUGCAUUCCUAACUGCUGAACCUGUGAGCAUUAGUUUUAUGCAAGAACAUAGAAAAUGCACAUGAAUGAAUGCAUGGUAAAAAGGAAAACUUACAAAUCUUUAUUUUUGAAGGCUAGCCAGUAAAAUGACCAAAUGUGCCAGCCAGGCUUAUGGGCCUUGUUUCCAGAUAUGUAUUUGUUUUCAUUUUCUAAUUCACACUUACAUUUUUGCUUUAGCCUUCUUAACCUGUGUUUAAGGCAAUUUAAAAAAAAGAAGAGUUAUUUCAUAUACUAUAAUGCCCUUUGAAAGUUUAAAAAUUUGGAAAUAUAAGCCCAGACCAGGCCCAGAAUGGUAGACUUACUUUCUUUAUUUUUUUUUUUAAUGCUCUAAGUAAAUCCCAUGAAGCUCAAGUUUUAACUUGUACACAUUUUCAGGUUACCAAUAAAGUUUUUCAGUUCCAAUAUAA